AUGAACAACGAUGCUCAUAAUCAAGUCCCGGUACACCCACCGCCAUACUCGGAAGCCCAACCAUUGCGCCGAGAAGAAUGGGAGGAUUGGGAGGAUGAUGAGCCCAUCACACCCAUUGACGCUGGGGAGCAAGUCUCUCCAGCUCCGCCGAAUGUGUCUACUCGAAACUCCAAACCCUCAACGCGACGUGCAUCCAGAGCUUCUGCUGCAAGAAUUGUCCGAGUCAAAUCACGCCAGAGACAGAAGGUCCAGAAUGCCAAGGCAGGCAUCAAGCUUAUCACAGACAUGUCAACGUUUCGCCGCCAGAACUAUAUGCCAACGCCGGUAGGACGAGCUGGGAAAUUUGUAGACGCUGCUGCUCUAAAGGCAUUGGAGGGAGAGCCGACAUCGGCUUCAGUAGGAAAUUGGAAUUGGUUCAAGAAAAGCAAGGACCAAAGCCCAGCAACUGCUUCGCCGCUGUCAUCAGCCCAGCCAGCUCAAUCAGCACGUACACCGGACAAUAAGCUCUCGCCGGAUGACAGACCCAUCGUCAUUGGCCUGGCCCUCUCAUCUGAGGAAGCGGGCAACUCUUCCCGGUAUGACGCCGCUCCAACACCCAUUGAAGCUCCAGCACAGCCCUAUUUGCCUCGAAACCCUUCUCAUUCAAACCUGUCUCCAUUUCCAGUUCAGCAGAAGUCAGUGUGGUCACCUGAUACCCCUGAUACCGUUUCCUCAUUCAGCACCAUUCGAUACGCCUCAAGUAUCUAUUCGCAGUUUCCAUCUCCCGGCACGACAACGGCCGUCAAUGUCCCACCCGUGCCGGCGGUUCCAGCAAACUUCAAGAAGUCAGCUCAUCAGAGGCUCAUCAGCCUGGAACUCGGAGGCAGAACCCCCGAUGACUCUGACGGCGGUACGCCAUGCACACUGUUUGAAGAAGAUGGCACUUCAAGCCCACACAAACAAGCAAGGGGGAAGACAUCAGCACUGACGCCCGAUAGUGCUGCAUCCAAGUCCCGUGGCUGGUGGGAUCAUCAUGUUGUCACACCUUUUAUGGAGAACAGACUGACAUUCACCACCAGUCCAAAGGUGUAUACUGACUCACCAAAGACUAUCCGAGGGGAUGAAUGGUGGAACAAGCAGGGGACCAAGCCUUCGCAAGGAGAAUAUCUUACACCGAGCUUGGCUCCUAGCUCUUUUCAAACACCAAUUGUCAAAGAACCGACGCCACGUAGGACACCAUCCCCCCGUUUUGAGCACACCCAAGAGAGCGAAUCUGGUCCUUCGACUGCAAGGGCAUCCCCCGUUCCUGAAACCAUAUCCAUUUCAGAAAAACCACAAAUACUUGUGACCGAGGAGGAAGAAAGUGCCGGGGAACAGCUGCCUGCAUAUUCGCCUCCCGAAAAGAAGAGCCAGCCUGUUCCAGUAAGGUAUAGGGCUGUUUUCCCGCCUGGACACCCACUUCAAAGCCAGUUCCCCCCCUCGCCCGGUCCUGUAUCUCCUGGUCUCUCCUCCACCAUGUCAUCCCAACGAGCUGAGCAACUAACUGAUAUUCCACUUACUCCGGCCCCGCGAGACAACCUGCGUCUCUCUCAAAUGCCUCUCCCAACACGGCCGCUGGGAACAUCUGCACCCCGCGAAUACUCCCAUGGCGAAGCCGAACACGCCACCAAACAGGAGCGUCAAAGAAGACGAAACGAGAAGGAAGAGGCUGUUGCUCGGCGCCUUGGUGGCUUCUGGAGAGGGCGAGGAUGUAUCCCAGAGAGGGGUUGCUUUGGUCGGACUGGACGCGAGGGUCGACAGCGCCGUCGUGUCUGGAUGAUUAUUCUAGGAGUUCUUCUUGCCGUUAUUAUUCUUUCGAUCACUUUGGGCGUUAUCCUGACACGCCCCAAGCAUUCACAGGAGGUGCCAUCAAUCUGGGUCAACUUGACGGAUUUCCCACCCAUGCCAACCGGAGACUUGACAAUCGUUGGACCGGACAAUACCGCCGCAAAGAGUGGCUGCACUGAACCCUCCACCUUGUGGAGUUGUUCUCUGCCAAAGGAACAACAUGACUCGGUGAAACCCUACAAGCCUGACCAGCCAACCAUUAUCCUGCAGAUCCAGUGGGACAACAGUACCCGCAACGAUUGGAAAACUCCCAACGAGGAUCCCCCUUCAUUGAAGGAGCGUCGAGGUAUGGGCGGUGCCGUAUUUGCAGGAGACACUAUCCGAGCACGAGAAACGUCCGGCUUUGAGCCCAGUCCCAGCCCGCCCAAGUUCCAAGAGAUGUGGUUUCUGGGGAAUACAACCGACGAUAUCAAAUCCGAUAAAAAGGGUGGCGAGGCGACUCCAUUCUACAUCAGUCUGGUUGAUUCUGUUGAGGAGAGUAGCCGCAAAGAGCUGACCAAAAGGCAAGAAUUGGACGUGAAUGUUAGCCUUGCUGAAGUGCUCCCAUCCCCUGAUCUCGACGAGAAUGGCGCAUCCAAACCAGCAGUCCUGCUCCCGCAGCCGGUACAGCAGCCAGUGAGACUCUACGACCGCGGGCUUCCGACCGAGCACUAUGGCUUUUAUACCUACUUCAGACGAACCAUCUUCCUUAAGUCGGUAACGGUUCUUAAUGAUACCAAGGAUGGGGACAUUCCCCUAGACGGGGACGGUGGCUGCCGGGAGACGGAGGCUGAUUUCAUCGUGACUUGGAGUGAGACACGGUUUCUCGUUCAAGUCUGGACACGCACACUGGCUGCCAACACGUCGAAGCUGAUCGAUCCUACUGCGCAAGGCGCCAUCGACGGAUCACCAGAGCUGAUUCAGCCAGGAACAAUGCCCUACCCGGUGACAGUAACGAUGGACACACAUGGAGGAGACCCAGGGAAAAAGUUUGUCUGGGCCUGGCCUAUCGAUGAUAGACAGAAGAUCGAUGAAGAGAACCCUAAGCUACUGGCUAACGACAUAGGGGCUGGUGGCACGUGGAUCAACAAAAGGUCUCGAGGAGACGAAAGAUUUGGCGGCUUCGACGGCGGGACCGGAGGAUGUAAAUGCCAAUGGAUGCGCUCCCUUCUUCUUCAACAUCGCCAUAAGGGAACGCUCCUUGGCUUCAGGUCUCAAAGGCUUCGGUAUCUCACAACCCUCGCCAUAGAGACAUCCUGCGAUGAUACGGGCGUCGCCGUUCUUCGGCAUACACCAGAAUCAACCGAACUCCUAUUCAAUGAGCGCAUAUCUUCUGAUAACCGAGCAUUCAAGGGUAUACACCCAAUCGUAGCGGCCAAGGGCCACAGUGAAGCUUUAGCACCUCUUGUGCGUCGAGCAAUAGACACUCUACCACCUGCUGAAGAUGAUAGCCAGAAAUUCUGUGAUGCUGGUGGCGUGAGAAGGCAAGUUCCGGACUUUGUGUCGGUGACUCGUGGGCCUGGGAUGCGCUCGAACCUAGGAAUCGGCCUGGAUAUGGCAAAGGGGCUGGCUGUUGCUUGGGGUGUCCCCUUGGUAGGCGUCCAUCAUAUGCAGGCUCAUGCGUUGACGCCGCGACUGGCCCGGGCUCUGGGGAUGAGUAUGGGCGAAGAGGACAUGUCCAAAGGGGGACCAGAAUUUCCAUUUCUGUCCCUACUUGUCUCAGGCGGCCACACUCAACUUGUUCACUCAAGAGGCCUGACAGAGCAUUCUAUCGUUGCGACAAGCGGCGAUAUUGCCAUUGGUAAUCUUCUCGACCAAACAGCUCGCGAUAUCCUGCCUCCCGAGGUUUUCGAAGCAAGCGAGCAUGUCAUGUACGGUCGUCUCCUUGAAGCUUUUGCCUUCCCACCAGAAAAUAGCUCAACUUCUGCCUAUGAGGCUGUUUUCACACCACCAGCUUCUCGCUCCGCAGAGAUGUCUCCUCCAUCCACAGGAUAUGAGUGGAACAUCCCCACGCCAUUUCGACAGACUAGAAAACUUGCCUUCUCGUUCAGCAGCAUCUACACACACGUUCACGAUCUCGCAACCUCCUCCCGCCCAUCCAUGUCCUUGCCUGAACGCCGGGCGCUGGCACAGCAUACUAUGAUGGCAGCUUUUACACACCUCGCAGGCAGGUUAUGUAUCGCCCUCGACGAUAAGCCAGAGCUCAGAGCUGCAAAAACAUUAGUUGUAGCGGGCGGAGUUGCGAGCAAUAAAUUCCUCAUGCAUGUCCUGCGGUCUAUGUUGGCUGUAAGGGGCUUUGGUGACAUACAAAUUGUUGCCCCGCCUAUACAGCUCUGUACAGACAACGCAGCCAUGAUCGCUUGGACGGGUAUGGAGAUGUAUCAAGCAGGCUAUGAGUCUGAGUUGACCGUGACGGGCAUUGGAAAAUGGUUCAUGGAUCCUGAAGUUGGGGACGGGAUAUUGGGGGUUGAUGGGUGGGUGACAAGAGACAUCAGGGGCUCAACUCCUGAGAAUCCAUGA